AUGACUAAUAUUGAGCCAAAAUAUUCACAGCUGAGCCUGAGCCCAAGUCAGACCCUGAACCCAAGUGAGAGCCUAAGCCCAAGUAAGACCCUGAGCCAAAGUAAGACCCUGAACCCAAGUGAGAGCCUAAGCCCAAGUAAGACCCUGAGCCAAAGUAAGACCCUGAACCCAAGUGAGAGCCUGAGCCCAAGUAAGACCCUGAGCCAAAGUCAGAGCCUGAGCCCAAAGCCAAGUCUAAACCCAAGUCGGAGCCUCAAGCCUGAACCUAAGCCCAAGUCAGAGCCUGAGCCCAAGUCAGAACCUGAGCCCAAGUCAGAACCUGAGCCCAAGUCAGAACCUGAGCCCAAGUCAGAACCUGAGCCCAAGUCAGAACCUGAGCCCAAGCCUGAGCCCAAGUUAGAACCUGAGCCCAAGUCAGAGCCAAAAGCUUGA